AUGUAUACCACGAUCAUUUUUCACGACCUUUUUUCUUUCCUUCUUUUUUUCCAGGAGUGUCCCGAGGGAGUAGUGCACGAGGACUCGUUCAAGGACAUUUACGCGAAAUUCUUCCCGCACGGCAACUCCAGUCUCUACGCCCACUACGUGUUCAAGGCCUUCGACGUUAAUUGCAACGGGGCCAUCAGCUUCAGGGAUCUUCUCGUGACGCUGUCGACCCUGCUGCGGGGCAGCAUUUACGAGAAAUUGAGGUGGACCUUCAAGCUGUACGAUAUAAACGGCGAUGGCUGCAUCACCAGGGGCGAGUUGGGCGAAGUCGUGACGGCGGUCCACGAGCUCAUGGGCAAGCGGCAUCAUGCCGAGGAGGAGAGAAAGGCGCGGGAACAGCUGGACAGGGUCUUCAAGAAACUCGAUCUCAACCAGGACGGCGUUAUCACGAUCGAGGAGUUUAUCGAGAGUUGUUUGAAGGACGAUGUGAUCACACGGUCGCUGGCGAUGUUCGACUGCGCGCUUUGAUCUCCGGCUAAGGACGAGCCUCCAGCAGCGGUCACCGCGACGCCGCCGACGCCGCUCUCGACGACAACGUUCUCGCAAUCCCUGUCCCCGUCGCCGCCGCCGCCGUCCUAUUCCCUGCUGCCGCCUAUCCCGCCGCCUCUGCCCUCUCAGCCGCCGCCCGGUUACACCGUCCAGGAUCAAGAGCUCUAUCUACUCCUGGCCGCCCACUGGUGGAACCAACCGGAGGCGCCGCUCUUUUGUUGAAGGGCAACGCGAUAACACGGCUCCUAGCGACGUAGAGUAGCAAUCAAGGUCUAAAUCUGUGGAAUCGAGAGAAGAGCGGCUUUCCCGACACCUUCGUUCCCCCUUCGUUCUGCGAUACACGUUGCGCAAAGCAGUACGAGGACACGGUGCAAGGUGUUACUCUCGCCGACGAGCGGAGCUUAGCGGGGACUCAGCCGCUUUCGAAAACAACACGCGGAACAGCGUGGAGAUCGCCGCUCUUCUACCAACAUCUUGCGGACGAUCCCGCAACAACGAUCGCUGGGUUAUUUUGGCAAUCGCAGACCCGACAACUGGCGCCGAUCUCUGGCAGCGGAGUUGCAAGAAUGUUCGAUCAAAGUCAAAACUGUAUUAUUAAUACGCGAGAUAGAAGACCUGGCACCUACGUCGCGAUUUCUUAGAUGUGAAGAACGGCGUCUAAGAAAAGGACGUCCUCGAAAGUGAGGAGAUGCCCGGUCGGGGGCCCGAACAAGAUGCAAUUGACCACUUUCUUUCUGCGACUUGCCGCGUGGAGAUCCCGCGAUCGGAAGAACCUGGUAUCACGAAUUCGUGCCAAAUUUGUGGGAUUUUCGGACGACGACAAAGGAAGAGGGAAAAACGGCGGUGCUAUGCGUGGUUGUGAGUCGGAAAUUGCAGCGCGAGGGAACGCGGAUUCUAAAUUGUUCCGAAAAAAAAAAAAAAAAGAAAAUUAUUUAUAGGUCACUUGGGGAGGAAAUGUCGCAUCCAGUUUCGAACGUUCCGCAUUACAUCUGCACAAUUCUGUUUCUAUGAUAUGUAGAUGCUAAAAAGCUUGCUAAAAAGAGGCCCGUGAAGAAUCGCGCGACUUCGCGUUACCAGGAUUUUCUUUCUCACUCACGGGGGGAUUGUGUGGUUUAUUUGGAAUUUUUUUGUCAUAUUUGAUUGCGUCUUCUCCCUAGUGAUAAACAGUACCUCGCGCAAUUGCGUUAUUAAAAGAAAAGAAUUUUCCACGUUGAGAGAUUUUAAGAGUGACCCAAAAAAAGGUCUUUUCGCCCAUUUUUUUGGGGCCUUUAAUUUUGGGAUUGAACUAUGUGCCAAAUAGUACCUUCUAAUGAGAUAUUAAUUACAGAGAAGUUUCAGGUUGAGAUGACAAUUGUUUUCACAGCUGGAGGGGGGGGUCACUUAUUACGCGAACUCGAUUUUUUAAUAAUAAAAAAACGAGCGUCAUAUACAUAUAACUGCGAUCAACCUUCAUCGGCUAGAUCAACCUUCUUAAAAUACCGGACCUCGCAAACCUGUGAUAAUUCUAUAAUAAACUUUGAUUUUAUCCCUCCCUCUCCUCUAACUCUGAUAACAGUCAUCUCAACUUGAAACUUCUCUAUAAUUAAUGUCUCAUUAUAAGGUAUCAUUUGGCACACAAUGCAGUCUAAAAAUCGAGGGCCCAAAAACAUGAUUUUUUAGGUCACUUUUAUUCUCAUUGUAGAUUAUCAUUCUACAUAUUCGGAAAAAUAUUAAUUUGUUUAAAAAAAGUCAUAUAGCUAUAUAUACAGAGUGCAUCUUGCCAUUACCGCGUUAUCUCUUGUUCGGCUUCUCAGAUGAUUCGGGGGACCCUGUAUAAUGUAUAAUAUAUACGCGAACUUUUUUAGCGUCUGUCAUUUGGUUCAUACACUUUGCAUAAUUGUUACACCCGUUGAUCUCUUCAUAGUCUCUUCAGUUACGACCGCUCAUUACGAUGUCGCGUGGUCGCGUAACGAUUAUGCAUCGCAAACGGCGAGGAUGAUUGAUUAACAUGGCUACGCGCGUCGGUCUCCCCUCGAUUAAAUUGUUAGUCCGCACGAUCGUUGACGAUCGUAGAUAUCACACACAUACGUACUUUCGUUGUUAGGUUCUAGACCCAAUCGAUUCUAAUCGGGCCGCGCAGGCACUCAAUAUAUCUGCUGGCGUGAUUGGUAUGGCCAAUUUUUCGAUAUACAAAAUGCAUACCCACCGGCCGAUACUCGCGUAUUAACAAAAUCAAUACCAGCCAUCCCGGACCUGCGGUGAAUUUUUCCUUCUGCCAUCGAUCUACCGUACGCGGAGCGUAUACACGUAUACGCUUAUCGGAAAAGUACCUUCGGCUCUUAUCAAUCCCGUGUUUCCCCGAUACUCUUUUCCUUAGCGAUAUAUAGUUCCGCAAUAUCUGCCAUUCAAUCGUAUCACCGAUAUUGAAGCAAUGACAAGAGAUAUUGAUCGCCUGCUCGGCUCCUCGUAAGCGUUCAUAACGUAUAACAUGUUGUAGGUGUGUACGUGCGUGGAAGCAUCGAUUUUCUAAUGUAUCCGUUAUUGCGAGUCGUAGGCGUGCAAGCGUGCGGGCAUAUACGUCAGAGACUAGCCGAGUAGCGGAAGCCUGAGAGAGCGCGUGUGGCGAUUUAUGGAUUAUCAAAAUCGUACAAUGAAACACCAAAGCUACCGUAGUUAGCUGUUACUUAAGUAUAUAAAACGAGAAAUAAUACGGUACGAUUUAUAUAUAUACAUACACCGUAAUUUAGGAUAUAAAUUCGCAAUUAAGUGCGCGGUCGCCGGGCGCGCCACGACUGGCGAUUGGAGAGGAAUUCAGUUCUCGGAAAACAAAAUGCGCACCGUCUCGUCGAUACGCUCUAUACAAAAAAAAACACACGUAACGCGAUCACAAUCCACACGUACCCUUGUGGAAGUAUCGUCCGCCACCGUUGAUGUUUCGCAUCAAGCCGGAUCGUCGUUGAUCGGUCGUCUUUGAUCACGUGCUCGUCGCGGGUGAAUUAGCGACUAUUAAGUGCGCGGCUUACCUCCCGGAGAGGAAGUAUCGUCGCUGAGCGACGGAAACGAGCAACCUUUUCGCUGCGGCCCGCGAUGGCUUUCACCGGGAAAUCAGGAACGACACACGCGUGUUGCUAGGCUACGCCCUACGCGUUUCUAUAACGACUAAUCAACGACUUAAUAACAAUAACAGCAAGAUCGCAGAUUUCUAUUGCGGUUCGAGAACAGCUGUAAGUUCUUGAGUUACGUAUCGGAUCUGUUUAGGACACAGGGUCUCGUAUGUACGUAGAAGAUAAGUCAUCGGAAACUGAGAACACUUAAGUAUUAAAUCUUGUUAAGACUCAGGCACGAGAGACUCAAAUAAGUUACGCUCAUCAAGUCAAAAUGAAUAAGCUUCGGACGAUUUGAAGUUAACGAUCAAGUUUGAAGUUGACGGUUGAUUAUUUCGAAGAUUCGUCUGUUCGAGUAGAGCUCGGAUAUCACUAAACAUUUGAACAAAAAUAAUAAUUAUUGCAAACAAAAAAAUAAACUUUUGUUUGUUCCGUUUUAGAUCUAUGAGAUGAGAUCAGCUCCAUGAUCAGCUCUAAUCGGAUCGAAUAGUUUGAACUGCUCGAUGUGUUUGAGACAGUCUGUACAAUUUAAGAUCUUGAAAUUUGCACUGUUCCAAUUGUUUGAUUAUACGAAAUUUCUAGCGCUAUUAAGUAUUUCUUUUGGAUUCGAAGAUGCGAAGAAAAUGUAUAAAACAUGAUUCAAAUAGCUCCGCGAAAGAUGGCGAAUAUAUAGUUUUUCUGUCCUUUCCUCUUCUUUUUUUCCUUUGAUACUCUCUCGUAAUUCCCUUUAUGAUCCUUCUGUUCCUCGUAUUGUCUUAUAUAGAGAUGCUACACCUCGAGUCUGUGAUCGCAGAAGACAAGAAGAAGCUAUCGCCAUCAAGUGUAAACUUCGGACGAUUUGAAGUUAACGAUCAAGUUUGAAGUUGAUCAGUUUAAAGAUUCGGCUGCUCGAAUAGCUCGAACAUCGCUAAACGUUUGAACAAAAAUAAUAAUUGUUGCAAACAAAAAAAACUUUCGUUUGUUCCGUUUUAGAUUUAUAAGAUGAGAUUAGCUUUAACGGAUCGAAUAGUUUGAACUGUUCAAUGUGUUUGAGACGGUCUGUACAAUUUAAGGUCUUGAAAUUCACAAUUAUAUUCCAAUUGUUUGAUCAUACGAAAUUUCUAGCGCUAUAAAGUAUUUCCCUUGGAUUCGAAGAUACGAAGAAAAUGUAUAAAACAUGAUUCAAAUGGCUCCGCGAAGGAUGGCGAAUAUAUAGUUUUUCUUUCCUUUUUCCUCUUCUUCUUUUUUUCCUUUGAUACUCUCUCGUAAUUCCCUUUAUGAUCCUUCUGUUCCUCGUACUGCCUUAUAUAGAGAUGCUACACCUCGAGUCUGAUGUGAUCGCAGAAGACAAGAAGCUUAUCGCCAUCAAGUGUUAGGACCGAACUUGGAAUGAGGGCGUGUAUACAAUGUCGACCAUUAAUCUGCGAACGCUUACAGAAAGUUGUAAAAAACGAGGGGAAAAAACCGAUCGAUUUAUAGGAACUUCUUUUAACAUCAAACAGUUUCUUCAAUCAAGGACGCGUUACUCUAUAUCAGGAGCGUUAAUUUAUAUCAGAAAUUGUUUAAUGUACAAAAUUAAGUAGAUUGCUUUUAUGCUGGACACUCGAUCUCUGUAAGCACUAUCACAUUAAUGGCCCCUUCACAAGAUUGAAGGAUAUAAUUAAAAUAAAAAAAGAAAUCUAGCAACAUUAACGCGCGCGAUCAUAAUGGUGCAAAAUCUGCACUGCGAUUAAUCUCGCCGAGAUAAUUGUUGACGGAAGAUUUAUAUUCU